UUAAAUUUGAAGACUUUUAUCAAUUGCAAAAAGGUCUUCAAUUCCACGGUGGGAUACAUGAUCCACUUUCACACGCUAGAAACCAUCUGCGUCUUUAGUAAUGAAUAUUAUGGCCCACUUCCGUAUUCAUGAUUCAUUGGGUAAUAAUGUUUUUGAGUUUUGAUAGAAAAUCAUAUGAAUCUCCGUUUGCCACACAAACCUAGCAGCCAAGAUCUGUUCUGUUGUACGCCGUCACCACUCACCACUCACCAGGUACCACCCCCAUCUUGGAACACCAACGUACCAGCGAAGGAGGCUCACCCAUCUUACUCGGCAGAUCAUCCCUACAGCAGAUUUCCGAGUUUGUUGGUUUGCACCAAAAUGGAGCACGAGUUGCACGAAAGAUGGGAGGGGAAGGUAUCAGCGAAGCUGAGAAACGCCACUAAAGAACAAGCAUGGCCCCUUGUGAAGGACUUCUUCAAUCUCCACAAGCGCUUCCCUACCCUCGCCACGUGUUACGGGAUUCACGGAUCUAACGGUGAGCCUGGCUGCAUACGAUACUGCGCCGGCUCCUCCAUUCCAUCCAAAUCCAACGCCUCGGGGAGCGUGAGCUGGUCAAAGGAAAGGCUGGUAGUCGUUGAUGAUGUUGACUUCAGCCUCAAGUACGAGAUGGUUGACGGCAACAUUGGGUUCAGGUCAUACGAGUCAACCAUGAAGGUCCUCAGCGAUGAUGACUCUGAUGGAUGCAUGUUGGAAUGGUCCUUCGCCGUUGACCCCGUUGAAGGCUUGCUUCUUCAGGAUCUCGUCACCAAGUACCAUGUGGGCCUCCAACUUAUGGCCCACAAAAUGGAGGACGAAAUUCAAGGUUUAGUCACCGGAAUUAUGUAGCAUAUAACUCACGGGUCAAAGAUAUUUUUACUUUAUUUAAUAAUUUAUAUUUUAUAUUAAA